GGCAUUGGUCAAAGUUCCUCGCCUUUCCUUAGUUUGGCGUUUCUCUAACGACAAACUAGUGGGGCGGAGCUCCAGUCAUAAAAGCCGAGCUCAGAAGCAAAGGACGCCCGGACAGGAAGAUGUGGAUCUCCGUGCUGCUCCUGGCGGUGCUGCUGCUGGCCGUCCUCCGCAAGGUUUACGUGGGUCUCUUCGGCGGAAACUCCCCGAACCCCUUCGCGGAGGAUGUCAAGCGGCCACCUGAACCCCUGGUGACCGACAAGGAGGCUAGGAAGAAGGUUCUCAAACAAGCGUUCUCAGUCAGCCGAGUACCAGAGAACCUGGAUGCUGUGGUGAUCGGCAGUGGCAUUGGGGGGCUGGCCUCAGCUGCGAUUCUGGCCAAAGCUGGCAAAAAAGUCCUUGUACUGGAACAACACACCAAGGCAGGGGGCUGCUGUCACACUUUUGGGGAAAAUGGCCUUGAAUUUGACACUGGAAUCCAUUAUAUUGGACGCAUGCAGGAGGGCAACAUUGGCCGUUUUAUCUUGGACCAGAUCACUGAAGGGCAGCUGGACUGGGCCCCCUUGGCCUCCCCUUUUGACCUGAUGAUACUAGAAGGGCCCCAAGGCCGAAAGGAGUUCCCCAUGUACAGCGGGAGGAAACAAUACAUCCAGGGCCUUAAGGAGAAGUUUCCCAAGGAAGAAGCUGUCAUUGACAAGUACAUGGAGCUAGUUAAGGUGGUAGCCCGUGGAAUCUCUCAUGCCGUCCUACUGAAGUUCCUCCCAUUGCCCUUGGCUCAGCUCCUCAACAAGUUUGGGCUGCUGACUCGUUUCUCUCCCUUCUGCCGAGCAUCCACCCAGAGCCUAGCCGAGGUCCUGCAGAAGCUCGGGGCUUCCCAUGAGCUCCAGGCUGUUCUCAGCUACAUCUUCCCCACUUAUGGAGUGACCCCUAGCUACAGCACCUUUUCCAUGCAUGCUCUGCUGGUUGACCACUACAUACAAGGGGCAUAUUAUCCACGAGGAGGUUCCAGUGAGAUUGCCUUCCAUACCAUCCCUUUGAUUCAGCGGGCUGGGGGCGCUGUCCUCACCAGGGCCACUGUGCAGAGUGUGUUACUGGACUCCGCCGGGAGAGCCUGUGGUGUCAGUGUGAAGAAGGGACAAGAGCUAGUGAACAUCUAUUGCCCUGUUGUCAUCUCCAACGCAGGAAUGUUCAAUACCUACCAGCACUUAGUGCCAGAGCGUGUCCGCUGUCUACCAGAUGUGAAGAAGCAGCUGGCGAUGGUACGGCCCGGCAUGAGCAUGCUCUCAGUUUUUGUCUGCCUGAGAGGCACCAAGGAGGACCUGAAGCUUCAGUCCACCAACUACUAUGUUUAUUUUGACACAGACAUGGACAAAGCGAUGCAACGCUAUGUCUCUAUGCCCAAGGAAAAGGCUCCAGAACACAUUCCCCUUCUUUUCAUUGCCUUCCCAUCAACCAAGGACCCGACCUGGGAGGACCGAUUCCCAGACCGAUCCACAAUGACUAUGCUGGUACCCACGGCCUUCGAGUGGUUUGAGGAGUGGCAGGACGAGCCAAAGGGCAAGCGGGGUGCUGACUAUGAGGCCCUGAAACAUGCCUUCUUGGAAGCCUCCAUGUCUGUGUUCAUGAAACUGUUCCCACACCUGGAAGGCAAGGUGGAGAGUGUGACUGGAGGAUCCCCACUGACCAACCAGUACUAUCUGGCUGCUCCCCAAGGUGCUACCUAUGGGGCUGACCAUGACCUGGCUCGUCUGCAUCCUUAUGCAAUGGCGUCCCUAAGAGCUCAAACCCCCAUCCCCAACCUCUACCUGACAGGUCAAGAUAUCUUUACCUGUGGGCUGUUAGGGGCCCUCCAAGGGGCCCUGCUGUGCAGCAGCGCCAUCCUGAAGCGGAACUUGUACUUGGAUCUGAAGGCUCUUGGCUCAAAGGUCCAGGCACAGAAGAAGAAGAAGUAGUCCAUUCAGAGAUAAGCCGGAGGAACGGCACCUUCCCCAACUUUUCUCAUGGUGUCCUCCUGCAGUAAUUCCUUGCCCACAUAACCGAAACCACUUUGUUUCUAAUAAGUGCUAUAAACUGAGUUCUUCACCUGGA